AUGGAAACCAUGGCGAUGAUGGAUGAGAAGAACAAGCAGCUGGAAGAACAGUUAACAACACUCAAAACUAAGGAAAAGAAAGCGCGGACAGAGUUAGCGACGCUCUCCACGAAGCCAUUGCUCUGUGAGCUACGACACGAUGUCGGCCAACUUGAGCAAGAAACGCAGGCAGUUUCAUCUCGUCUCAAGAAGAUUCAAAAAAGUGAUUCAAUCCAGAUGUCUCCGGAGGAGAGAGCAAAGUUGGGGAAGGAAUGGAGACGCUGGAAUAGGAUCGUUAGUGUCCGUAAGAGGAUCUGUCGGGAUCUAUGGAGUAGAUGCUUGGAGGUUGUACCGGACAAUGUGAGUCGAGAAGAGCUCUGGGUAAGCACAACAACUCUUGAUGAGGCAUUACGGCGUCGAUCUGCAGCAGUUUCGGCUGACUUUGUCCAUCAGGAAUCUCUGGGCCUUGAAGGAUCCUUUCUUCGUUGA